AUGGGUUUCAAGAAUGUUCUCCUCGCUGCUGCUGCUGUAGCACCUACUGUGUAUGCACAAGGUGUAGGUUACGCACAAUGUGGUGGUCAAGGUUGGACUGGCGCAACAACUUGCGUUUCGGGAUUUAGCUGUGUUGUUAGCAAUCCAUACUAUUCUCAGUGUUUACCAGGCGCUGGGGUCACGACAACAGCAACUUCAGCUCCCACCGCAACGACUCCCACCACAAUCAUCACAUCUACCACCAAAGCUACCACGACCACCAGUGGCAGCAGUGCAACAACAACAGCAGCAGUUGCUGGUAAUCCAUUCGUAGGAAAAGCACUCUAUGCGAAUCCAUACUAUGCUUCCGAAAUCUCUGCGAGUGCUAUUCCUUCACUCACUGGAGCCAUGGCUACUAAAGCCGCUGCGGUAGCAAAGGUUCCAACCUUUUAUUGGCUUGACACCGCAGCCAAAGUUCCAUUGAUGGGAACCUACCUUGCCAAUAUUCGGGCUUUGAACAAAGCAGGAGCAAGCCCACCUAUUGCAGGCACUUUCGUAGUCUACGAUUUGCCAGACAGAGAUUGUGCCGCCGCCGCUUCCAACGGAGAAUAUAGCAUUGCAGACGGUGGUUUAGCGAAGUACAAAGCUUAUAUCGAUUCCAUCGCCGCUCUUUUGAAAACUUACUCCGAUGUCAGCGUUAUCCUCGUUAUUGAACCCGACUCGUUGGCCAAUCUCGUCACCAACUUGUCAGUCGCAAAAUGUGCCGGUGCGCAAGCAGCCUACCUAGAGGGUACCGAAUAUGCCAUCGCGCAAUUGAAUCUUCCAAACGUCGCUAUGUACUUGGAUGCUGGACAUGCUGGUUGGUUAGGAUGGUCUGCAAACAUCGGACCGGCUGCACAACUCUUCGGCAAAGUCUACAAAGCAGCUGGAAGUCCAGCGGCAGUCAGAGGUCUUGCAACUAAUGUUGCAAACUACAAUGCUUGGACUAGCACCAGUUGCCCUUCCUACACCUCUGGCGACUCCAACUGUAACGAGAAAUCGUACAUCAACGCUCUCGCUCCACUUUUGACCGCUCAAGGUUUCCCAGCUCACUUCAUUACUGAUACUAGUCGCAAUGGUGUUCAACCAACCGCCCAACUCGCCUGGGGUGACUGGUGCAACCUCAUCGGAACCGGAUUCGGUGUUCGACCAACCACAAACACAGGAGAUGCAUUGGAAGACGCAUUUGUCUGGGUCAAGCCCGGUGGAGAAGGCGACGGAACUUCAAACACCAGCGCUGCGCGAUACGAUUUUCACUGCGGACUCGCAGAUGCGCUCCAACCGGCUCCAGAGGCGGGUACUUGGUUCCAGGCCUACUUUGCUCAAUUGCUUACCAACGCCAACCCAACCUUUUGA